ACAUAACGACUCCUACAGUUGCCUUAUCCUAAACGACGGACUUGAUUGGAUGGGUGACGUUGUGAAUGUAAUACUGGGCGGUAAAGCUAUGCACCUCCGUGAUAUUGACUUGACUGAAAGACCAUGCAAGUCAUCAUCAUUGUUCGGUUACAUGCCAUGUAUCAGCAAUCCAGAAAGGUGCUGAUCUUUCUCGUCGUCAUCUUUCUGGCCAUCAGAAUCGCCAACGUAGUGAUGGCCGCACUACUGACGAUGCAGAUUUCAGGGGAGGAAUUCAUUCUUUCCGGCACCUAUCAGUGCAUGUUUGACUCCGGGGGAGAUUCCGUAUUUCUUGGUUCCAUGACUUGGAUACUUGACACUGUAUGGGAGGUCCUUGCACUGUGUCUCGCGGUCUGGAUUGCUGUAAAGCACUUCCGUGAACUACGACAACACUCAACAAGAGGUAUUAUCGGUGACUGCUUCACGGUGCUAAUAAAAACUCAUGUGAGUUACUUUGGGAGUUUUUUGGUUAUCUCUUGCUUCGAGAUCGGUUUCAUCUCUCCUACGCUCUUAGCGGUAUGUCGAGUUGUCACCGACUUCUACAUGCAUGCGACCAUCAUUCAUCAUUCCUAUAGGACCAAUAUUCCCUGGACGCUCAGAUUUAUGAAGGUUUCGUUCAGAUAUUCCAGGUUGUGGGAUUGUAUGUGCUGGGACCACGCCUGAUCCUCGGUGUUCGAGAAUAUCACGCUGAGCUCGUGGCCAACUCUGAUACGGCAAGCGCUAUGAUUUCAAUUGCUUUACAGGAGCGCGUCCAUGUGUCAACUAGCAGUAGUGUGUAGCGCAGGAGAUGCUCGAUAUGAUUGAUUUGCGAUUUAAGGGGGUAGUGUGCAGAGAGCGGGAGAAUUUGUUCUUAUUUAUUCCAGGUUUUGUCGUGGUACUUAUUUAUGUAUGAGUCAUCAUUUGAUAGAAGUCGAGCCCGCUGAUGUGA